UCGUCGUGGUCUAUAAUGGUGAUGCCAUAUACUAAAAUGUGUUCAUAAUUUAAAAAAAAAAACGCCUUACAUAUUCAAAUCUUGUUAAUUAAUUCUAAUAUUAUGGAUAUUUUUAGGUAUUAUUGCAUCGUAUUUUUAAUUUACACUACACGACUGAAGACGACUAAUGCAAUAGAUAACGUAACAUCAGUAUCACCACUAGCGUCGUGUUCCUCGAUCGGCGGUAUUGAUGUUGAUUUUCAAACGGUAGACUUGAUAGCAGUUUAUCGACUGGACAGAUCCGAUACAACCGGUGUGACACUCGUCCAAGGGUCGCAAGAUUUGCAAAGGGCGUACAGAAUUGGUGACGGAGCGAACCUUACUUUGCCUUUGCGACACGUCUUUCCCAAUGGUCUGCCAGAAUACUUCAGUGUCAUAGGGACAUUCAAUGCUCAUAAUCACCGACGGCCUUGGAGCUUGAUUCGCGCUAGAUCACAAACACUUCAGUUCUCGAUAACAUUACUGCCGAAUCUCAGGAAAUUUGCUGUUUUUGUGCAGCAUUCUCGAGUGGUCUUUUCUUCACCGGAGCUAUUCAGACCAGGGUGGCAUAAACUGCACGUGGCUAUUACGAAUGACACCGUUUACGCCGCUGUUGAUUGUAUUGAGUUAGAACCGGAGAAUAUAAGUCCGCACGACUUCAGUAACGCGACGUCGAUCACCAUUAUCAGUAACGACGAUGGAACUCCAGCUCCGAUUGAUCUCCAAUGGUUAUCGCUGAGCUGCAAUCGCUACAACCUGACUGACGAAAGUUGUGAAGAAAUUGAAAUACCCGAAUUUUUGAUUGCCACUAUACCUCCAUUUCCUAUCGUGCCGCCAAAUAUUGACCCUUAUUUGGAACAAACAUGUAACCAAACAUGUCCUCCGGGUCCUGAAGGGCCCCCAGGGCCAAAAGGGGAAGAAGGUAUUAGAGGUUACACAGGAUUGCCGGGAGUACGUGGCUUGCAAGGGCCACCUGGUUUAGAGGGGUCUCCAGGGCCUAAAGGGGAGAAAGGAGAAAGAGGACCGGCGGGAAACGCUAAUAAUGUGACACUAGUUCCCGGACCUCCAGGAAAGGAAGGUCCACGUGGGCCGAAAGGCGAAAAAGGAGUUCAAGGUUUUAAAGGUGAUCCAGGCGAGGCUGGGUUAGUUGGCUUAGCUGGACUUCCUGGUGUAGACGGAAGAGACGGUUCCCCGGGUCCUCCUGGACCUAUGGGGCUUCGCGGAGAACCAGGCCCCGUAGGCCCCCCUGGACCAGCAACUAGCAUUAACGUUCCAUUAACUCAUGGUCAAAAGGGUGAGAGAGGUCUUCCUGGUAAGCCAGGGCUGGAUGGAAUUCCUGGGCCGAUUGGACCACGGGGGCUGUCCGGUGUCGCUGGCAUACCAGGUAUUCAAGGUCCACCAGGUGUACCUGGUAUACCAGGGGAAAGAGGGUUACCGGGCAUACAGGGAUCUCCAGGCGAAAGGGGUCCCGAAGGACCGCAAGGUCCUGAAGGGCAGAGAGGAUUACCGGGAGUACCUGGUCCACCUGGAAUAACCGCAUCACCUUCUGUUAGUUUACUUGGAUCACCUGGGCCUCAAGGCGAUAAGGGACAGAAAGGAGAAAGCGGUCUGCCAGGAUUUCCAGGACGAAAUGGAAUAGAUGGUGUUCCAGGCGUCCCUGGACAAAGGGGACUACCGGGUUUGCCAGCACCCAGUAGUAUCAUUACUCAGCUCCCGUCAAUAUCAGAGAAUGAAGUUAGAAAUAUCUGCGAAGAUCUGAUUAAAGAGCGGUUCAAAGAGCUGGCAGCAUCACUCAUAGUACCAAAUAUAGCUCCAAUUGAGGGUAAAAGAGGACCUCCAGGCAGACCAGGGCCUCCCGGUAAUCCAGGAUCACCUGGUGACUCAGGUCCAAUGGGGCCACGUGGUUACCCUGGAGAGACGGGAGAGCCGGGAAGACCCGGUGGCCAAGGUCUGAGAGGAGACAAGGGUGAUAAAGGAGAGAGAGGUGCAGAUGGUAUUGGACUACCAGGACCUGAAGGCCCAGGUGGAUUACCAGGACCGAUGGGCCCACCUGGACCGGAAGGCAGAUCUGGUCAACGUGGUGACCCUGGCAGAGAAGGAGCAAUAGGUCCGAGAGGAGUUCCAGGUCCAAGAGGAACCUGUGAUUGUCCCAGUGUCGGGUACUACGCCUAUUCACCCCUUGGAAAUAAUAAGGGGCCAUAAAUAUGUGUUCAUAGUUUAAUCUAAGUUAGCUUUAGUGUUUUUGCUCCAAUAAUUUAGAUUAUUCAGUGUUUCCUUGCUUUAUAUUUGUAGACAAAUGUACUUAAGUUUAUUUGAAGUAUACGAAGUGAAAUAAAUAGCGUGAUGUGAUUGUU